ACAUCAUCAGCUGUCCCACCAACGCAGCCGGUAAAAACCAAAAAGAAAAAGAAAACAAAGAAAAUGUUUGGCACAUCACUAUCAUCAAAAGUAAGAAAGGUGUCAUCGUUGGUCCAGAAAUGGCAGACAAUUGAACAACAAGUUCAACAGCCUGACAUAUUGGACAGCAGCGAGUCUGAGGAAGAAGACCAGCAUGUUGUGAAUGCCAGGAUGAUAGAGGAAUGGAAACAAACUCAGUUGGAAAGAAAUCAUUAUGAUAGGCCUAAAUAACUCAGAUUCUAGUGUUCCUGGUGGAAGAACAAAAAAAGGGAAAUUGGAGGAGAGAAAGAAAAAGAUAAGAUUUGAAAAAAAAGUAGCAAAGUAACAUUCAAAGCUGAAAAGUAAACCAUUGUGAAAAUCAUUAUGAGAAGUGAAAAAUUCUCCUAGGAAGGAGCUCAUAAUGAAAGUAAAGAGAASUAAUGAGAAAAGAAAAGUAAAAAGGAACAUUGAAUAGAAUAGUUUCYAGUGCCAUCUUCAAAGGCAGCCAUGCCUUUGCAUGAAUGCAUGAUGAUUAGUGAGUGUGCAAUGAGACAAUAAAUUAUUUGCAUGUUUCCGUCAUKGCAAGCCCACCAGUCAUCUAACUUARGARGCAAARGURUGGUUACCUUUCAAAAUGACACAGGGAUCCCCAAAGGAGAAUAUUGUACMAUGUAAUAAAGUUCUGUAACAACACAAUACAAGAAUAAAAGAAUCUAACAGUUGUGUUGUAAAAGUUAAAUAAACAAAAUUUUGUAUUGUAGCUGGAGAAUUAUUUGAAUAAAGAACUGUUUAACAUUUGAA